UCAGACUAGAGGACUCGAUACCGAUGCGCUUGAAAGGAGUGUAGCUAAACCGCUUGUUGCGCUAUAAUUUUUCCACAAGAGGCCGACAGGAAAUAUAGUUUUUUUAUGUGAUAUUUUACUACCAAAUAUAUAUUUUUCGACAAAGCAUACGAGUGCAAUAAUAGGCUACAAACUCUGUCUUGCCAGGCCAUUACUAAUGCAUUGCCGCAAGCUAGCUGGGUAGCUUUGACUUAAAGGAUUGUUCCAUAACGUUUGAAAAGCAAAUCGCUUCCCUCUUUGGACGCGGGCGCCGAAAAAAGCUUGAUCUGUAUUUCAUUUUUCUGCGGUCUGGUUUUUAUUCUGCAAACGGAGUUUCUCUGAAUCAGGCUGCUCCAUCUAUCUUGAUAUUAGGACGACAGCGGCGGGUGUCGGAAAGGUGUGAGAGAGAGAGACAACAUAGAGGGAGAGACAGUAAUGAUGAUGACUGGUAAAUCGGUGAAAGACAUUGACAGAUAUCAAGCUGUCCUCACUUCGCUACUAUCACUAGAGGAGAACAAAUUCUGCGCGGAUUGUAAAUCCAAAGGUCCCAGAUGGGCGUCAUGGAACCUGGGUAUAUUUAUCUGUAUCCGCUGUGCUGGGAUCCACAGGAACCUGGGCGUCCACAUCUCCAGGGUCAAGUCUGUCAACCUGGACCAAUGGACACAGGAACAGAUAGAGUGUGUUCAGGAGAUGGGGAACGCCAAGGCCAGACGACUCUAUGAAGCUUUCCUACCAGAGUGUUUCAUACGACCAGAGACGGACCAGUCAGCAGAGAUGUUUAUCCGGGACAAAUAUGAUAAGAAGAAGUACAUGGACAAGGUCCUAGACGUCAACAGGCUUAGAAAAGAGAAGAGCUGUGAAAACAUCCCCAUGGAGCCAGUAGUGUUUGAGAAGAUGAAGUUGAAGAGAGAAAACAGCCCAAAGACACAGACCCAGUCUCCGUCUGUCUCAGACCUCCUAGGACUUGAUGAUCUUGCUCCCAAUGCUGCUGUAUCUAAUGGUAGAUCCAGCCCUGGAGAGAGGGGGAGUCCUGCGGUGGCUAACACAACUACGGUGCACUCUGGCCGGGAUCUAUUCAACUCUCUGCCUGCCUCUUCCUCCACCACCUACACCAAGAACACACCGGUGGGUAGCUCCAUGCCCAGGGGUUGUGUGGCCUCGUCGGUACCCAAGAACCUCAGCCUGUUCCUGGACUCAGCACCCAGACAGGAGGGCUCUAGGAGAAAGAUGUCCAAGGACUCCAUCCUCUCCCUCUACGCCACCCCACCCACGUCGCACCAGAACCUGGCUGCACGCGCUGGCCUGUACAUGAACCCUGCCCAGCUGGGCUACUACGGAUCGUACCAUUCCCUGGCCACACAGGGGGGAGCGAUGGGAGGAGGCAUGGUGACAUCACACUCCAUGAUGGCCCUGAGUGGUCAGCAGCAGAACGGCGUGAUGGGAGGGCAGCAAAGCAUUAUGGGAGCUCAGCAGAACGGAAUGGUGGCAGCACAGCAGAACGGCUUUAUGGCUCAACAGGGUGUCAUGGGGCAAGCAGUCAACACAUCCCCGUUCAUGGCAGGAGUGCCACACAGCAUGACGGUUCAGCAGAACGUCAUGAUGGGAGUUCAGCAGAACGGCCUCAUGGGAGUUCAGCAGAACGGCAUGAUGGGAGCACAGCAGAACGGCAUGAUGGGAGCUCAGCAGAACGGCAUGAUGGGAGCUCAGCAGAACGGCAUGAUGGGAGCUCAGCAGAACGGCAUGAUGGGAGCUCAGCAGAACGGCAUGAUGGGAGCUCAGCAGAACGGCAUGAUGGGAGCUCAGCAGAACGGCAUGAUGGGAGCUCAGCAGAACGGCAUGAUGGGAGCUCAGCAGAACGGCAUGAUGGGAGCUCAGCAGAACGGCAUGAUGGGAGCUCAGCAGAACGGCAUGAUGGGAGCUCAGCAGAACGGCAUGAUGGGAGUGCAACAUAACGGCAUCAUGGGAUCACAGCAACAAAGCAUCAUGGGACAUCAACCGAAAGGCAUGAUGGGAGGAGUGGCGUCCGUGCUUCAGCAGGUGUACGGAGUACAGCAGGAUCAGCAGCGACAGUGCAACAUCACUGAGAUGACCCAGCACAUGGCAGGGGUGAACUUCUACGGCACCAACGGCAUGAUGGGAUACGGCGGUCAGCACAUGGGAGGACCAAUGAUUCAAAGCUCCAACCACUUGAUGAGGUCACACGUCUGGAAGUGAUGUCACUACCUGAUGAGGAAGUUGAUUUCACUGAGCAGCAGUGGUGCUUGGAAGGUUUCGGGGACUUUUCUAAUGAACUUUUCAUCAGACAAUUUAGAUAACAUGGGAGGAGGAAGAGGAGGAAGGUGGUGAAGUUUA